CGUACAAAUGUGUCGUUUACAUGGUGUUAAGUCCACAACAACCACCAUCUGACAUCCCUGGCACCUUAACAGGGUUUGAUCUACCCUCAGUCACCUGACACGAUAUGAGAUCACACACGCGCACACAUGCACACCGCACACGGUUGUCCUCAGCUCGGCUCGGCUCCACCUCGCUCGGCGGGUGUGUGAAGAAUCCUCCAGCCCCGUUAUUUCAAGGUUAUCUCUCCUGCAGGAGCCUCACUCCUCGGAUCCUAUGGGAAUUCUGAUAACUGCAGUUUUGCUGUGGGCUGCCGUCGGGGUGGGAAGCCGGCCAGUAACCUCACCACUCAAUGAUGCAAAGGUUGAAUGUAUUAUUCAGGAGACACUGAAUGAAGACGGGUCACAACAUGAGUGUGUCCCAAAGCUAACAGAGGAACUCGAUGAGGUGCAAAGACAUCAGGGUUUGCUCAGGGAGCUGCAGAAGUUGGCUGAUGAUGAGAGAGAAAGGGAGCAUGAGGACGAGAGGGAGAAGGAUUACGAGUACAACUUGGCCAACGAUGAGAGCGACUUUGAGCAGAGGGAUGAGGAGGAGGAGAAGGAGGAGGAGAAAGACGAGGCUGACACUGUGAAAAAAACAGAGGAGGAAAAGGAGGAAGGGGAGACGACACGAAAGAGAAGAUGAUGGAGAAUCCACGAAUCGAAGACAGAGGGACGGACGAGGAAGAGGAGAGAGCGAAGGAGCUGGAGGAGCUGCUCGCUGAGGAAAUCACCAAGAAAGGGAAGGAGGAAAGGAACGAUGAGGAGCUCAAAGAGCUGCUUAAAGAGCUGAAGAAGAAGAGAUAUGAGGCGGUGAAGAGAGGGAGGUCCAGAAAGUGGAGCAGAAGGAGGAGGUGGAGGAUAAGAAGAAGGACAAAGCAGAAACGGAGGAGGACCUGGAGAAGCAGAAGAUCGAGGAGAGGAGGAAGAGCGAGGUGGAGCUGAUGGUGGAGAAGGAGAAGGUGGAGAAGGAGCUGAAAGAGCUCCUCAAAGAGCAGGA